AUGGCAUGGCCAACCUUAGAAACGGUUAUACAUUCAAAACCAAUAAAUGAAGGUUGUGUUAAAGUUCAAGUUGAUGAGAUCGUAGAAAUAUAUGAGAACUUGCCUGUGCAUGCUGUAACACAAACGAAUGAAGUUGAAUUUGUUAAACAUCUGCUUCAUAGCAUCGUUCAGUGGUCGAGAUAUGCAUUAAAGCUUGCGAACAAAACACCGAGCAAGUCAAAUAGUGGUACAAGAAUGGGCUCGAAUCACUCCUCUCCACAGAUACACGUUGAUGACACCACAACCUCAUUUUAUCGUCCACAGUUUGAGGAAAACCAAUUUCCUUAUCAUCAUCAAAUGGACGCUAAUGAACCUUUUCAAGGUGGUUUGGUUGAUAUGAUAUUAUCUAUGAAUCCACAACAAAUUGAUUUAAAUGCACUCGGAUCCGGGCCCAGUGACUAUUGGGUUCUUUUUAUCCUAUGUCCGAAUAGCAAAUCUGCUUAUAUUCUGGAUUCUUCAAAAAAUGAUGAAAAGAAAUCAGACGAAUACAUUUUUGCUUCUUUGAUAAAUAGAAUUUUCCCGGGACAAUUUGAUAAGUGGGAAACGGUAAAGUUUUGGAAAAAGAAGAUGUUUGCUUCACCUGAUAAACUUGAAGAUAUGGUCUUAGAAUUGAUACCGCAUUUGAUUGAAAUGAUGAAUGAUAGUCGGAAAAGAACUUAG